GAGGUCUCUUUUGCAGCGGUUCAUACUGUCCGUAGAAGAGCCACGAAACUUUGAGGAACCAUGGUGAAGACCAUUAAGGAACACCUGGAGGAUACUUUUGAGGAUCUGGGGGAGGAAAAGCUAAAAAAGUUUAAAAUCAAAUUGCGCGAUCGGACGGAAGAACCGAUUGUACGACAAGCUACAAUCGACAAAAUUAAAGACGCUCUAGAUCUCGCCGAUGUAAUGGUGAACACUUUCACAUCGACAGGCGCUGUUCCUGUAACAAUCGAAGUUUUAACGGCUAUUAAAGAAAAUAAAUUGGCAGAGGAGUUCAGAGAGAAAACGAGAGACGUAGCUCCAGUUGUUCCUCAACCAGGCCCGAGGGCUCCAUCUAAGGCGGAACACUUCAUCGAUGGGAAUGAAAUAGAGCUGAUAAAACGAGUUCCUAAUGUGGAACCCAUCCUAGAUGAACUUCGUCAGAAGAAAGUCAUCACAGACGAGGAUUGCUGCACCAUUCGUGCUGAGAAAACCCCACAAGCAAGGAUGAGAGUUUUAAUGCUCCUAAUUAAAUCAGUUGGCUCUACAGGGAAAGAUCUUUUAUAUGAAGCUCUCAAGAAGUCAAAUGUCUACCUAAUUCAAGACCUUGAGGCUCGGAGAUAAUGAAUUUUUUUUACUUUUUUACUUUAAAUUUAAAUGUCCAUUGUUUUAAAAAUAGGCUUUUUAUCACAUACUGCAAAAGCAGCUAAGUUUGGAUGUUGUUUCCUCUGCUUUGUUUAUUGGG